AUGACGUCCGUCGAUGACAGAAGGGCGCAGGAUUGCACCCUUCCCACGCCGAUGUGUGCUCAGGACUUUUCCAGAAUCCUGAAAGAGCGCGAGGCGAUGUUUAACCAGAAGAGAGCCGCUGAA